AUGGUGACGGCGGCGUGGGCGCUGGAGGCCAUGCACACCAUGGUCAUGAUCUUCGCGGACCGCGAGCCGGCCAUGUCGUGCCCCGCGGGGGACGGGCGGUGCGGCGACCGUUGCGCCGGCGCUGCGGCCGGGUGGGAGUGGGAGCAGGGGAGCGGCUCGUCGACGGUGGCCGAGUGGGGCCUCGUCUGCGGCGAGCGCUACAAGGUCGGCCUCGUCCAGGCCGUCUUCUUCGUCGGGUGCAUGAUCGGCGCGGGCGUGUUCGGGCACCUCUCCGACUCGUUUCUCGGCCGGAAGGGCUGCCUGCUGGUGCUCUGCUUCCUCAACGCCGUCUUUGGUCUCCUCACCGCGCUCUCCCCGAACUACUGGGUCUAUGCUGUGCUGCGCCUCCUCACGGGCUUCAGCACCGGCAGCGUCGGCCUCUGCUCCUUCGUCCUCGCCACGGAGCCCAUCGGGCCCUCCCGCCGUGGCGCCGCCGGCAUGUCCACCAUGUACUUCUUCUCCGUGGGCAUCGCAGCCCUCGCCGGCGUUGCUGUGAUGUUCCAGUCCUCAUGGCGCCUCCUCUAUGCCGUCACCUCCCUGCCCUCCCUUGCGUACGUCUUCACUGUCAUGCCGUUCGUCUCCGAGUCUCCGCGGUGGUACCUUGUGCGCGGGCGCGCCAACGACGCCAUGCGCGUCUUGGGCGACAUCGCGUCCGCCAACGGCAGAUGCAUCCCGGACAACGUCGUGCUCAAGCUUGACGACGAGGGGGACGACGUCAACGGCGCUCAGGUUGGCACCGGAGAAAAGGCUGAGGAGCUGUCGUCGUCGGGCACAAUCAUAGACGCGUUCCGGUCACCGACGACGCGGAUCAGGCUCGUGCUCUCGGUGAUCAUCCACUUCCUUUCCGCAGUGGUGUACUUCGGGCUGAGCCUCAACGUGGUCAACCUAAAGACAAACCUUUACGUCAGCGUCGUCCUGAACUCGCUGGCCGAGAUGCCCUCUUACCUGCUCACCGCGAUGCUUCUUCAGCACUUCGGCCGCAAACCAGUCGCCAUCGGCAUGACGCUUCUCAGCGGCGUCUUCUGCACGGCGGGCAGUCUCAUCGCCGGCGCCGGCGCCGCGAGGGUGGUGAGGACGGUGUGCGGGGUGGUGGGGAUCUUCGGGAUAUCGGCGACAUACAACCUGUUGGCCGUGUACACGGCAGAGCUGUUCCCGACAGUGGUGCGGACGGCGGUGCUCGGAUGCGCGAUGCAAGCGUCGCAGAUGGGUGCCAUACUUGCACCCCUGGUGGUGGUGCUCGGGGAGCGGCUGCCGUUCGCAGUGUUCGGCAUGUCGGGGAUCAUCGGCGGGCUGUUGUUCUUAUGCCAGCCCGAGACGAUGAACAAGCCCUUGUAUGACACCAUGGCUGGACUCGAGAAAGGAGAGAGGGUGUCUAAAAGUGAAGACGAAGGUGCAGCAGAGAACUCCGAAAUUUAG